AUGCAGAGUGAAAAAUUAGAACAAAUUGAAGCAGAAGAUUCAUCAAGUAGUUCAUUAGGAGCAGCUUACUUACGUGAUAAAUUUGAAGCUUCUGAAGAUGAAAUUUCUUCUGAGAAUUGAAGUGAAAUAUACGAAUUCAAUAGAAAAGAUAAUACGCCUCCAAUUGGAUCAAUAUCCAAAUCUCAUUGAUCAAAUCAAAUUACACCAUUGAAUUUAUUUAGGGCCAUUUUUUCAAAGAAAGAAUUUAUUAUUGAAAUAAUCAAGAAGUGAAUGUUUAUGCAGAAGCUCUUUCAAAAAGUAAAAAAGUAUAUGGUGUCAGUAACUGCUCAAGAACUUGAAAAAUGGAUUGGGAUAUAG